UGCAGACUGGAGCUCAGAUUUGACAUAACCAGGGCUGGAUCAUUAUUUUAUUUCAUGCUGAUUUCUGUCUUAACAUGAGGUUGCCAGGUCUUCAGGUGGUCAUCAUCUGUGUUUUCCUACAGGUACCAGGAUGUUUUCCGUCUUGCCUCAUUGUGGGCUCCGUGGCCAACUGUGCUGCCAAGAACCUCCACUCGGUUCCUGACCUCCCUCCCAACAUCACCCACCUGUACCUGGAGAUGAACCACAUCGCAGAGAUCAAUUCUACCUCCCUGUCUGGCUUGGAGGAGCUGCAGGAGCUGGACCUGGGUCAACAGCUGGUUCCUCUUGUCAUCAGGAACAACUCCUUCAUCAAACAAGGACGUCUGAGGAAGCUGGUGCUUGGCUUUAACCUUGGUCUUCAACUGGAGCCUCUCGCUUUUACAGGACUUUCCAAUUUGCAGACUCUCCACCUGGACUACUGCUCGCUCCAAGAGGCCAUACUGGAGGAGAACUUUCUGGAGCCGCUGUCCUCUUUGGAGACUCUCGACCUCUACGGGAACCAGAUAAAAAGACUCAAGCCUGCGAUGUUCUUCACAAACAUGACAAAUCUGAAAGUUUUGAAUCUGAAGUUGAACUACUUUGACCAAAUAUGUGAGUCUGAUCUGGCUGCUUUUCAAGGAAAGCACUUCAGUUAUCUGAACUUGGACGCCGUUCAUCUUAGAAACAUGUCUGAUGAAGGUUUUGACUGGAAGAAUUGUGGGAAUCCUUUUAGGGGAUUGUCAAUCAAGACUCUUAGCUUGUUCCACAAUGGGUUUAGUGUAUCAAAACUGAUGAAGUUUCUCCAAGCUGUUAAGGGGACCAAGAUCUCCCAUCUUAAAGUAUCAGAAGGGUCAUUGGGUAGAGGAUUUUCCUUCAACAAUCUCCCUGAUCCAGACAGAAACACAUUUGAAGGCUUAAAGAACAGUUCAGUCCUCACUUUGGAUCUGUCAAAAAGCAGGAUAUUUGCACUGCAAGAGGGGGUGUUCAGUCCGCUCAAAGAGGUUGUAAUCAUUGACAUUUCCCAGAAUAAAGUGAAUCAGAUCCACAGAAAUGCUUUCACAGGCCUUCAGGGACAUUUAAGAAUGCUAAACCUGUCUCAUAACCUGCUCGGGGAAAUCUACUCCGACACAUUUUCUUCUCUGACAAACCUGCGAGUGUUGGAUUUAUCUUACAACCACAUCGGUGCUCUCGGUUAUCGCUCAUUUAGAGGUCUCCCUUACUUGAGAGCGCUAUUCCUAACUGGGAACUCUUUGCGGGAUCUCGGCUUCCCUGCACCCCUCCCUCACUUACAUUUCCUUCUGCUACGAUAUAAUAAAUUGAAUCCCUCUUCUGUGAGCAGUAUCAGCCGCUUUGCCAGUAAUACUGUACAUCUGGAUAUUCAGGACAACAGAUUGACAAACCUUGGGGAUGUUUCCACCUUUUCGACUCAGCUGAGACGUCUCAAGAAUCUUUUCUAUGGGGGAAACACAAUCAGGGUUUGCACACAUUUAGGUAGACAAGUUUCAGCAGGUCAGUGGAGUAAUUUCCAAGUCCUGGAUCUUCACAGCAGCUCCCUGCAGUUUAUUUGGUCUCAAGGACAAUGCUUGGAUCUGUUUGACAAUCUCGUACACGUGCUUGGUCUCAAUUUGAGCCACAACGCCCUGCAGACUCUCCCCCAAGGCAUCUUUAAGGGUCUCACCUCAAUCAUAGAGAUUGAUCUCUCAUCAAAUGCCUUGACUUACCUGCAGCCUGAUGUGCUACCAAAAAGCCUCAAAGUUCUCCACCUGUCAAACAACUUCAUCGCCUCCCCAGACCCGGCUGCCUUCCGUUCCCUCAGCUACCUCAACCUUGAAAUGAAUCGGUUUCACUGCGAUCAGAACCUAAAGAGCUUCCUGACCUGGCUGAGCAUGACAAACAUCACCUUCUUGAGCCCUGUAGAGGAGCUCAGGUGUGAAUUUCCCUCUAGUUUCUACACGGUUCCUCUGUUGAAGUAUGCAGGUCAAACAGCAGUGAAAUCAGUGGGCACAGUUGGUAGAGCAGGUGUCCUGUCCCAGCUGUCUUUUCUAGGACAGCAGAGGCCAGAAAAUUAUCAAAGCAAGAAAACCCCACAAUAAAAGAAGAGCCUAAACUGGUAAACAGGUUUACUCUUAAAGACCCUUUAAAGUGAAAUCCAAAAUUUGUAUCUGAACACACUAGAUAUGUUGGAAUAAGGUUGCUGUAAACAUGUGAAAACACCACAGACUGUAGAAAGAACUGGACAAACCCCGAGUGACGUCG